UCUAGAUGGAGCCUGAUACUUGACCACCAGCUGAAACGCAGCAAUCACUGAUCUCCGGCCACAGCUUCCCCUCCCCCACAGUGACCUCACAAAGGUUACUAGCUUCUCCUCAGCCCCAGAGACCCUCUGUGAUGUGAUGGCCCUUGUUGCACUGGUUGGAAGCACUGUCCCGUUGUUCCUGCUGAUCCUUAGGGCAUCCACGUUGGCCUGUCUUUUCUGCUUCACUAACUAUGAGGAACGCCUCCAUCUCUGCCAGAUGUUUGUGGGCACAGAGCGCUCCAAGCUGGGCCAGUGCAAAGAUGCGCUCACAGCUGCUUUUGAGGGUCUCUCAGACAUGAAAAUCAACUAUGAUGAGAGGAGCCACCUGCAUGACGCCUUUACACAGAUGAUACUCUCCCUCCAGGAGGUGGCUACUGCUCAGGGGUCCUUUAAGGCUGCCUUCCCCAGUGCUGCAGCCAAAAUGAAGAGGACCAUUCAACAGCUUAAAAAAGUCCAGGCAUGCGUCCCUCCUUGUGGCGUCCAGGAAGUCACUAGGAGUUUCCACUGCCAGGGCUGCUUUUCCACUAUCUGCGACCUCCCUCUAGACUGUCCAGUUCAGGACCUGAUGGUGAAUCGAGGAGACCAGGCUUUAUUUUCUUGUAUCGUGGGCUUCCAGUUGCCAGAGUCGGAGAUCACAUAUUCCUGGAAAUUUGCUGGAGGAGGUCUCCGGACACAGGACGUGUCCUACUUCCGUGAUAUGCCUGGGGCCCACGGGUACCUGGCGAGAAUCCGACCAGUGCAACCUACGCACCGCGGGACCUUCUCCUGCGUGAUCCUGCAGGACCAGCGCCCCCUGGCGAGGCUCUACUUUUAUCUGAACGUGACGGGUCCCCCUCCGCCCAGCGAGACGGAACUCCAGGUCACGUUUCGGGAAGUGAUGCAUUGGGCACCGCGGGAGACGGAAGCGAUCGAGCCCUGGAGGCCCAGCCUAGGCGAACUCCUUGCUAGGCCCGGGGCACUGACGCUUGGAAACCUGUCUCUGCUCGCAGCCACCGCCGCAUUCCUGUCUGCUAGUGUUACAGUGCUAGUGUGGAUGUUUUUUCGAUGGUACUUAAGUGGCAACUAACAAGGGUUAGUCCUGAUCCGACAUAUGUCCCUGAAAUAAAGAAUUAUUUCACUUACUUCUUGAUUCUCUGUUUGCUUGC